CGACGCCACCAUGGCCCCUCACAUCCCAGAUACGUACCUCUGGCUCGGGCUGGGGGCGUUUCUCUACCUCGCCGUCAAAGGCGUCGCGCACGGCCUGCAAGCCGUCUACGACCUGACCGAAGUAGAGCAAGCCGAGACGACGCCGCCGAACGGCCUCGAGCAGGGCACCGAAGACGGUGAGCCGCUCGCGAGCCUGCGCAUCCUCGCGACACAGCACGCGAACCUCGAAGUGCGCAAAGCGGCGACGAGCAUCAUCACGGCGCGCGCGCUCCAACACCCCCCCGUCCUCCGCCGCAUCCUCGCCGACGCGCGCCGUCCCGCCGGCUCCCGCGCCCAGCGCGACGCCCACCACGCACUCGCCCUCCUGCGCGCCGUCAACGGCGUCGACAUUGAGGACCUCGACCUCGACGAGCCCCCGCGCCACGACGACCGCGACCGCUCUGCCCCGCCGCCGCACCACCAUGACCAUGGCCGAAGCGGCGCGUCGAGGCACCACCACCAGCGCCACCAGCAGCACAGCAGCCGCCGGCGCGGCCGCGCUACCAGCCCCGACGCCGCGAGUCAAAAUGCCGUGGUCGGGAUGGGCGAGGUGCGCAUGGGCGACGGGGAGGACACGGCCGCGGAGGUGGGCUUCUCCACUGGCGGAAGCACGCUGCAAGAAGCCAUUGACGCGGUGAUAGGCGGGGAGGAGGCGCCGCGGCGGCGGCAGCAGCAGCAGCGCCAGGUCAACGAGCGCGCGCUGCGCCGGCUAGAGCAGGAGCACGAGCAGUGGGACCGCGAGCGCGAGCUAGCGGCGACACCGCACGACGAGCGACGCUUAGAGCGGCCUGCAACUGCGUCUACGGGGACGACUGCGACGGCUGCUGCUCCGUCCGCUACCACUACUACCACCACUACUACUACUACUGCCGAUGCUGCUAACGCCACCGCGCCCACAGACCCCCCUCCCCCCAUCUCCGUCGCCGAGCGCGACGGCACCGCAACCGUGGUCCUGGGCAGUCGGCCCUCGGCAUCAGAGUACCGGCGGCGGCGUGAGCAGUCGCGGGCAGCGUUCCGGGCACUGCGGCCGCGCAGCACGGAGAGCGAGGCGGAGGUGGCGCGGCGGCGGCAGCGGCGCGAGGCCGUUGUUAUUAACGAGGGAGAUAGGCCGAUUAGCCAGGAGGAUAUCAUCCAGAGGCCUAUGGGGAACGGUGGGGUUUGAGUGGUGGAGAAUGCUAGGAAGGGGAGGGGUGUAUGGGUGUCUAUAUAAUGCGUUUGACCGGGGGGAUGGUUGCAGUAUAUAUACCGACACCGCAUGAAAGGAAACGAAAAUGGAGG